AGUGUUUUGGACUCUGUGAUAGAGUCUUGCAUUGUGAGUGCCAAAGGGGCUCUUCUCUUGGCUUCACAAGCUAGCUACUAGUGCAUAUUGAAGUUCACGUUGCGCAUUGAACUUCAUUUCACAAGCUAGUACAGUACUUCUUACUGUAGAAACGCAGCACGCAUGGCCACAUUCUUGACGACGUCGACCGCCGGAUUGAAGUUUACCGUGCGCAGGCAACCGGCAGUCCUGGUGGCGCCGGCGGCGCCAACUCCGCGCGAGCUGAAGCGGCUGUCGGACAUAGAUGACCAGGAAGGCCUGCGGUUCCGCGUGCCCGUCGUCCAGGUGUACCGGCGGAGCGCCUCCUGUGCCGGCGGCGGCCUGCUGGACCCGGCGGCAGUCAUCCGGGACGCCGUCGCCAGGGCGCUCGUGCACUACUACCCAUUGGCCGGCCGGCUAAGGGAGCUCGAGGGCCGCAAGCUCGCCGUCGACUGCACCGCGGAGGGCGUGCCGUUCGCCGAGGCUGACGCCGACGACGUCCGCCUUGACGACUUCGGCGACUCCGUGCACCCGCCAUUGCCGUGCCUUGAGGAGCUCCUCCUCUUUGACGACGUCGUCCCUGCCACCGCCACCACGUCCUCCUCCAUAGCCAACUCCGCUGUCGUCCACAUCCAGGUGACGCGGCUGGCAUGCGGUGGUUUCGUCCUGGCGGUGCAGAUGUCCCACACGGUGGCGGACGCUCUAGGCAUGCUGCAGUUCCUGGAAGCGGUAGCAGAGCUGGCGCGGGGCGCGGCGGCGCCGACGGUGCGUCCGGUGUGGGCACGCGACCUGUUGAUGGCGCGCAACCCGCCGCGGCCGAGCUUCCCGCACCGCGAGUACGACGACGAGGUGCCGCUGGACGACCCCAUCGCGCUGCCGGCCGACCAACUGGUGCAGGGCUUCGUCUUCUUCACGCCCCGGGACGUCGCCGCAAUCAAGGCCAGGCUCGCACCGGGCCUCAGGGAGAGGUCGACGACGUUCGACGUCCUCACGGCGUUCCUGUGGAAGUGCCGUACCACGGCGCUGCAGCUCCAGGACGCCGACGAGGAGGUGCGGAUCGGGUUAACCGUCAGCGCGUGCCACGGCAAGAGAGGCCGGCUCCGCCUGCCCAGGGGCUACUACGGCAACACGGUGGUUUUGGCAGUCGCCGUCUCCACGGCCGGCGAGCUGCGCGCGAACCCGGUGAGCUACGCCGUGGAGCUGGUGAGCAAGGCCAAAGCGGAGGUGAACGCGGAGUACAUCCAGUCGGUGGCUGACCUGAUGGUGCUUCGCGGGCGGCCGCGGUUUGGCUUGUACCUGGUGUCCGACCAGACCAAGAUAGGGUUUGCCGGCGUCGACUAUGGUUGGGGCCAGCCGGUGCAUGGAGGGAUGGCCGCCAUGGCUCUCUCCCCUCUCCCUGGGAUGUUCAGCUUCCUCAUACCAUGCAAGAACGCCGACGGCGAGGACGGUAUCGUCAUCCCGAUAUGGUUACCUGGCCACGCCAUGGAUAGGUUCACGGAGGAGGUGGGCAACCUGAUGCGCCCUCCACACAAAAUGUCAUCGAUCUAAAAAUCAGCAACGUACGUGUCGGUCCGCUAUGCACGCUUGUGGGGUGUAUAUGUACUACUACUACUACUACUAUUAUUAUAUAGGCGAAAUAAAUGUCCUAAGUUCUUUGACUAGGAGUUGGGUCAAAGAUUAAAAGUUUUAAUUUGCGUGGGUACAUUAAUCAAACUCUUGUUUGGAUUCUGUGGUUUAAAGUUUGGUUAAACUAAGAGCUAAACUUUAGAAAGCUGCAACGUUCUUUGUCAUAGUGAUGGUCAUAUAAUUGAGGAAGAAUAGUAAACUAGAAAGCUGUAACGUCCUUUGCCAUGGUGAUGGUCAUAAUUAAGGAAGAAUAGUAACGAGAAAGCUGCAAUAUCCUUUGUCAUAGCGGCUGUCGUAGAGAAAACCACAUCUUCCUUUAUUGUAUGCUACGACUUCCUCGCGUCGUCUCACACACGUAAGUCCACCACGUGUCAAGAUGGCCGUGCUACGCAAGAAGCUAAAGCUAGACGACAGUGGCUCGGGGUAGGAAACCGAUGGAGAAAAAAAAUGAGGCCGAGUGAUGAUGGUGUGGGUCGGGGAGACUUUUGUAUUAUAUUUUGAUGAUACAUUUUUUAUAUAUGUUUUUUUUGAGUUUGGGAUCAUAAAUAUUGUAAUAAUUAUU